ACCUGACACAGGAGGAGGGAGACUGGCUAGUGUUAGGUUGAAUCAGCAGCAGCACAGCAGUUUACUUUAAGAAGAUGCACCCACCAUAGAUGCCAGGAUGGCAGAAAAUAUGUCUGAUAGCCAAAACACAGCUUUGCGAGACAAAUUUGUUUCUGUGGUUGGAUCAGUAUUUGCAAGUGGCGAUGAAGCAAAUAUUUUAACACUCUUGACUUCAUUAACAAAUGUAUGUCGACGUGAUGAGUGGCUGCUGGUUGUGCCUACCUCUACUGGCACCACUAGUAAUGAUGACCAGAUCGUUACUGAUACUUCAGACAGACAUAAAGCAUCAGAAUUCACUUGCUGGCUGCUGGCAGAACUAGUAACAGUGAAUGGAUCAGCAGUGGUGUGUGAGGCCAACAUUAACCUUCAAGUUACCAUCAUGCGUCUACUAGCUACUCGAAAUCCCCAGCUAUUUUCUUCUGUCAUCAAAGAUUAUGUAGAUAUUGGCUUAGAAGGAAAAGAAGUUCUCUUUGAUGGAGGAACAGUUUCAUGUCAGUGCUUCUCAUCUGUAGUGAAUAGGAACAAUGCUCAACCAGUACCUAAGACUAUUGUAUUUACUGAUGAUUCACAGCUUGAACAUAUUCUCAUCAACAUCAUUAUGGUGAUAGGAGACUUAGGAGACUACUUGUGUCACUGGGUUGGACCUCUUCAUGAUCAAAUAUGGCUCCUUGUUACUACUUGUUUAGAGGGAGGAGACAUCAACCUCAAGGCUGCCUCUCUCUCCACCAUCUCAUGCCUUUUGGACAUAUGUGGGUUACCCAAGGCCAUUGAAAGGCAAGAUUAUUUGAUUCAGUGUAUUGGAGCAACAGUCUUGUUAAUUACCGAUGAAUCUUAUGUAGUGGAAGAGGUUAGUGUUCGUGUAAGAAAGGAAACCAGAACAGCUUGCCAAGUUGAAGGGAAUGAUUUUGAAGAUUGUCUGGCUCGUGUCAUACUCAAUCUGCAGCAAUACAUCUCUCAUCUGAUCCAUCUCUUCAAAGAAGAGUUUCUUUUAAUGCUCUCAAAGUGUCUCAACAAACCAAAUGUGUUGGAAAAGAUGUCAGGGUUGUUGAGGAAAGCUGUUCUCCAGUGUUUUACCAUGUUAGUGGACAUGCUGGGCACAUCUCCUCACCUAAAGAAAGCUACCACUGCUCUUCACACUUGUGUCACUCACAGUCUUCUAGUACCUGAGGUUUCGAACACCAUACUGAGGAAGUUGUUACUAGAAGAACUACUUAAGGAGUUACCAACAAAUAUUUUGGACAACCAACAUCAGGAAUUAUCUGAAACUCAGGCACGGAAGCGAAGAUUUUCAGAAAUAGAAUCACCAAGACCCUCUGUGAGUGUCAUGAACCUAAGCAAGUGGUGGAAGAUGACCUUACAGAAGUUGACUACCACAUUUGUAGAAUGGUCUGAAACUACUUCUCUGCUGCUUGGUCAAGUUGAAGCUGCUUGUGAAAUUAUCUCAUGUGCAGGAUGGAUUGCUGCCAAAACUGAACAGUCAGAGGUUUGCCUCCGGUUCUUCCCUGAUUCCUGGCUUCAAGUAGCUACAGACUCCAUAACCUCUGUUAUGAUGAAUACAGAAGAUACCAGUCAGGUGAUUGGAAUGUUGGAGCUUAUAUGGAACCUAGCGUGGGCAGCAGGUAUUACUGAGGUUAACAGCCAAAAAAUACAGCUGUGCCAUUCAUGGUUAGCCUUAGCAACUUUGCCAUGGAUGGCUUCUGAAGUCAGCUUGAUGGACCUGAAACCUAUCAACAUCAAACAGUUUCCUACUUGGUCAUCAAAGCUGAAGUGGAUUAAUGAUUAUAAAGUGAAAUCCAAGAGUUUAGCCACUGUUGCCAUCAUGUGUGAAGGUAUAGCUCCAAGAUGGCGGUGUCAUGUUAUCCGUGCUGCCAUCAGUGAGCGAGACCCUCCAGUUAUGUUAGAGAUGGCACGCUGGUUUCCUGUGAUGGUUCAUCAGCUGGGUGGUGCAGGUGGUCAACAACUGGUAGGAGAAGUUAUCGGCUCAGUACUUCACUCCCCAGAUAUCAAAACAGUCCUGGCUGGAGCAGAAUCUCUUCAACAACUGCUGUGCGCCCUUCUUAGCCUUACAACUAUUAAAUUUUAUCGACAAGAAAAGGAGGACAAGAAACCCUAUUCAGGUAUAUUGGAGUGUAGAGUUUGCCAUAACUCCAGCUCCAUCAAUAAGUUGAACACUCAGCGUGUUGACCCCACAUUAGUGUCCAGAUUCUUGGAGCUGUUAAAUCAUGCAGAAGCAGAUAUUGUUAUUGCACUGAUAGAAGCCCUCCCAGCAGUAGUCUCCCAUACAACAGUUAACAGUCAGAUGAUGAACCAGUACCUGUUACUUCUCACUCACCAGAACAAGACUGUAGUCACUGCCUUCUGUAAACAACUUCCAACUCUUGUUUGCUGCCAAGGCCAGAAUCCAUCAAUUCAGGACCCAAAGAAUGCAAUGAUGUCAAAGGAAGGAGAAGCUCUUCUUUCAUUUUUUAAUGACUUAAUGAAGAAGAAUAGUACCAGUGUGACAACAUCCAGUAAACCACUGCUGGCCAUUUUGGAGGCUUCACACCAUCUAGUGAAGUAUCCACUUGGAGGGUUAGCAGGGGGGAUGUUAGUGUUGUUGCUUCGGUGUCUUGUCCAGACAGACAGGAUAGUAACUGCUCAGGCUCAUCUGGAAAUCCAUUCCUUAGCUAAAUCUUUAAGGCUCACUCUCAAGGACCUCUACAUAAGACAUAGACAGUCUCUAGCACAGGUGUUGUCAGAGGUUAUUAACCCAGGAGAAGUUGGUAUAACGCUGAGCCAUGUUGCAGAGGUGUUUAGGUGGCCAAGCUCAACUUCCAACAGUAAGAGGAGUCAAAUGAACAGUAAACUGGGGUCAUUCAUUAGCAGCCAGAUUCAUCACUUGCUGCCUGUCUUAGCAGUUCGGGCAUCACAGGAGUCCAGGCCUGGAUUUCUCCAAGAGCUAGCAGCAUGUCUUGGACUUCGUCUUCGUGACAUUCUUAUUGAUCAUUUCCAGCACAUCUUGGCACACUUGGUAUUCCAACACUCAGAGAAAGAGCAAGAAGCAGUGUUGAACUUUAUUGCUACAACAACUGAUAUUCAAAUUUAUAAUAUCAGGCAGUGUUCUGUACAGAAUCAGGUCAAUGAAUUAGUCCUUGGACUUCAUGAUCACCGAAGUGCUGUUCUACGAGAAUUUUCCCAUAUGAAGAUCAUAGGACAGAGCAGUGAUCAACAGUGCAUCAAAACCAAAGAGAAUGGUUCAAAUAAGGACAGUGCUGCAGUUCUUGGAUCAGACGACAUUGCUGAAUAUCUAUCACCACGUCUCCUUGGAAUAUUAGGAUUUCUUGAUAGCAAACUUGUGUCUUCAUCAACCAUGUACAAAGAGAAGCGAUCUGCCUUGUGGUCUUUGAGUGAUCUGUUGGUUGUAAUGGGAAGAAAAUACAUUUCUCCAGUUUCUCGGAAGGUUUUAGCAUCCUUGAAAACAGCUCUGAAGCUGAGAGAUGAAGACUUUUAUGACAUUGGCUGCCAUGCUUGGACAAAUUUCUUAUAUAACUUGGAUGAGUGCACACUGGAGGGGCUACUAGAAGAAGUAGUUGUGGUUGUGACGCCUCUUGUGAGGGUACGACCCAAGGAGAUGGCGCCAGUCCUGAACCACAUCUUGUUGGAGAUGCCUUCAAUAAAACCACUUCUUGGGUACUUACCUCUUCUUCCCGAUGAUGUAGCUCUCUCCCAAGUUAAUCAAGCCAUCGUGGAGCGUCAGUUGAGAGUUAAAUGUGGCAACACACAAGAAGUUAUAGAGGUACUCUCAUCUUUACUUCGUGGCCUCAAUCAUGAGAGUCUUGAUGUGAGACUGAAUGCCCUGACUCGUCUCCGACAUACACUACAACACAACCAAGAUGCUGUCCAUCGUCUAACAAUAGACGCUGAUAAUGUGCAUCCAACUAUAUCAGAGUUAUUUAGUAUUCUUUUAGGUCAGUGCCGUGAGCUGGAGGAGGAAGUUCAGAUAGCAGUAGCAGAAUGUUUAGGUCUCUUGGGUGCAAUAGACCCCAGUCGUCUCUACACACAUGCCAACAUUAAAGAGGAACUAAAUGAGAUCCACCUCAACAUUGAAACAGAGUCUUUCAUUGUACAGCUGGUCACAGAGUUAGGACGAGCUUUUUUGGCUGCCACUAAUGCUAACACCCAGACUUGUGCAUCAUAUGCUAUGCAGGAAGUGACUCGUCUUUAUGGCAUCCGAGAAAAGGGAAGUGAAGGAGCAUCACCAGUAGGGUCAAGAGCCUGGGAACAGCUGGGGUACCACCUACAAGAAAUCAUUUACCCACUUUUGUCUUCCAAGUACAUCGUGGCAACAAGUGCUGGUAGAUCAUCUGUCCUCCCAUCUCCUAUUUAUGGGAGUUCUCAGGCACAGUCCUUCCACCAGUGGCUCACCAACUGGGCAUGUUUUCUUGUUGAUAUGCUCAAGGGAAAGACAGCCAGUCAGAUAUUCAAUGUAUGUAAGCCAAUUCUUCGUCGUGACACAACCACUGCCAUGUACCUUCUACCUUCUAUCCUUGUAUGUGUACUACGAGAAUCAGCUGACCACCACAAUCAAAUUCUAACGGAGGUUCUUGCAGUUAUGAGUCAAAUGCAAGAAAAACAGAAGAAGGAAGACACAGUUGCACUAUCACCAGAGUUCAAGCACUUAGCUGUUCAGACAGUAUUCUCAGCCUUGGACUACCUUAGUAAGUGGGCUCAGAAGCAAAGACAAAUGGAAAGUGUUGGGAAGAAGGGUCGAGGAGCCUUCACACCCUCUGCAGAACUACAACAGGUGACUGAUUUCCUUGAGAAGAUUCCUGGUAAUCUACUGGCGCAGACAUCAUUCAAGUGCCAAGCAUAUUCUCGUGCCCUUCUGCACAUCGAAGCUUAUCUGAAGGAUAACGCAAAUGAUCUGAAGGAACAUCUCCGCUUCCUUCAGUGUAUCUACGUGUCACUGGAUGAGCCCGAUGGUGUUGCUGGCGUGGCAGCCAUCAGACGGGAGGACACGUCUUUAGAUGAACAAGUUAUUGAGUAUGAAGCAACAGGUCGUUUACAAGAUGCCUUAGGAUGUUAUGAACGUUUGUGCGUCUCUCAAGGGUCAGAAGAGGUUUACAAGGGGCUGUUGGAAUGCUACUUAAGUUUGGAUCAGCCUCAUUCAGUCCUCAACAUAACCCAUGGGCUACUUGCCAACAGGCCUGAAUUGGAAGCCUCAUUGAAUAAGUACCGCGUUGAGGCCGCUUGGAGACUUGGCCAGUGGGAUCAACUUGAGAAAGUCCUUGAAACAAACCCCAGUCAAGCAUCUUGGGGCGUAGGCGUUGGGCAGAUCCUUCUUGCAGUUCGAGGACGAGACUCUGCAGCAUACCAGAAUAGUCUGCGUCGACUAAGAACUCAACAGAUCGCCUCACUUUCAGCAGCAAGUAUGGAGAAGUGGGCUUACCAGAGAGCCUAUCCACACAUUCUUAGACUUCACAUGUUGACGGAACUGGAAGAAAUGGUAUCAGGUUUACUACUGUUUAACCAAACAAAUGAGACCAAGAGCAAGUUAGAUCUUCACCAUCAACCCCUUAAUCUUAAUGAGCUGACUGAAAGAUGGGACAAACGACUAGGCUUGGUCCAAACAUCUCAUCGAUACCUAGAACCUAUUCUCAGUUUCCGAAGAACACUAUUGGAACUUGGCCGAGAGUGGGUGCAACAGAGCAACCCAGCUCAGAGUUCUGCACUGGCUGCACAGCUGGAGCGUACGUGGCUCCAUAGUGCUAAGGUGGCACGCAAGUCAGGAUACACUCAACAGGGAGAGUGGGCUCUUCUUGGGGCAGGAUUUGGUCGUGACGUAUUUGUUGAACGAGCAAAGUGGCACUGGGUGAAGGGAGAACAUCAUCAAGCUGUGACCACCCUUCAUCGUGGUAUUGAAAAGUUCUUCCCCUCUUCAGAGAGCUACAAAGGGGCUGUCGGUGAGGACACUGAGGAAAAACGACAGACUUGUGGACGUGCCAAACUACUCCUUGCAAGGUAUUCCGAGGAAUCAGCCACACUGGAGGUGAAUGCGGUGAAGCAGUAUUAUCGUGAUGCAUGUGAGAUGAACAAACAGUGGGAAGACGGACACUUCUACUUAGCCAUGUAUUAUGAUCGUAUACUUGCUUCAUUAGAUAUGAAGGAGAAACCAGUGGAUUGGAUUCAUCAUAUUGUUCUGAGUAUCGGGAAAUCUCUCCAGUAUGGUUGCCGCCACAUUUACCAGUCCAUGCCAAGAAUGUUGGGCCUGUGGCUUGAGUUUGGCACAAGAGUUAGUGAACUUGAGGCAAAGGAAGGAAAGGUGAAAGGUGGCCGAAAGAAUAUCAUCCUUGACAAUUACCGUGAAAAGCUGGCCAAUCUGAAUGCAAAUGUUGGGAAUUUGGUGGAUCAUCUCCCACACUACAUGUUCAUGACAGCUCUUCCUCAACUGAUCUCUCGUAUUUGCCACUCUAACAAUAGUGUCUUCAUACAGUUAUGCAAAAUAAUUGCCACCAUGCUGAGCAGUUUCCCACAACAAGCCAUGUGGCACAUGAUUGCUGUAUCAAAGUCUUCAUAUCACAUGCGAGUAAGAAGAUGUAUCGAGAUUUUUGAAGCAGCAAAGAGAAUGAACCCACAGCUAUCAAAAUUCAUCACAGAUGCAACUAAAUUAGCUGAUAAAUUUCUUGAACUUUCAAAUAAACCUGUGGAGAAGGGUGUGCUUCGAGUCAGCCUCAACACCUUGCUUCGUGCCUUUCCUCGGCUCCUGUCUGACACUUCUUUUUCAAAUAUUAUCCUACCCCUUCAGCAUCAAAUGUUAGUAACACUUCCCACAUCCUUUGAUGAUCUCCACUCUCACAAUCCAUUUCCAAGGGCAGCAGUUUAUUUGUCUAGCAUUGAGGAUCAUAUAGAAAUCAUGCAGUCUCUACAACUCCCCAAAAAGAUUACACUGCGUGGGUCUGAUGGCAAACUUUACAUCAUGAUGUGUAAGCCGAAGGAUGAUUUACGUAAGGACUGUCGGCUGAUGGAAUUCAAUAAUUUUGUCAACAGAUGUCUUUUACGGGAUCCUGAGUCCAGGAAACGAGAUCUACGGAUCAGAACCUAUACUGUAGUGCCAUUAAAUGAAGAAUGUGGCUUAAUUGAAUGGAUCCAGAAUCUGCAUGGUUUACGGCAGAUUCUUCAUCGCCUUUAUAGAGAUGCGGGUAUAUACAUGCCAGCCCAGGAGUUGAAACAAAAUAUGUGUAAAAUCGAGACACCAUUGGCUACUAAGAGAGAAAUAUUUUUAAAAACACUGGUCCCACGACAUCCUCCAGUCUUUGGAACAUGGUUUCUUAGAACGUUCCCUGAUCCUCAAGCAUGGUUGAGGGCGCGAUUAGGCUACUGUCGUACCACAGCUGUAAUGUCCAUGGUUGGCUACAUUCUUGGUUUGGGAGACAGACAUGGGGAAAAUAUUCUCUUUGAUGCCUCGUGUGGAGAUUCUGUUCAUGUGGACUUUAAUUGUCUUUUCAAUAAGGGUGAAAGCUUUGAUUGGCCUGAACGUGUACCAUUCCGGCUUACUCACAACAUGGUAAAUGCAAUGGGACCAACAGGUUAUGAGGGCAUCUAUAGAAAGACUUGUGAGGUUACAAUGCGAGUGAUGCGAGAGGAACGUGAAGCCCUGAUGUCUGUGCUGAGGCCAUUUAUCUACGAUCCUCUUGUGGAAUGGUCCCGGGGAGAUAAGAGCGCAAAAAAUACAGGCGAGAUCAAUAAUGAAAAGGCCCAGAUGCACGUCAGUAACAUUGAGCAGCGUCUAAGUGGCCAAAUUCGCACCAAGGCUCGACUUCCAAACUUACCUUUAUCUGUGGAAGGACAAGUGAAUUCCCUCAUUGAGGAAGCUACUAUUAUUGACAAUCUUUGCCAAAUGUACAUUGGAUGGGCAGCCUACAUGUGAUACAACAUUGUAAUAGAGAUCAUAAUUUUGAAUUUAUAUAAUAAUUCCAGGAUUUAUAUAAAUUCCUUCGAAAACAUUAAAGUUUCAGUUAUACACAAAGUGCUGAGAAUAUUUUGACAAGAUUAAAUUUGUUGGUUUUAUUUUAUUUUAUUUAUUUUUCAUUGCAUUGUAUGUCAGUACUGUACAAACUGUAAAGUUAAGCAAUAAAGAUAUGAUUUCCAAUACUAUAACCGAGCUUUGGUGAUAAAAACUACCUCUGUAGUGAAAUUUUUCUCGAACAAAAACUCAAGCAGACAUGUACACUGGACCCUUGCUGAUUCAAUAUUUUGGGAUAUAAUUGAAAAAUUUUGUCGUAGAUUUAGUGAAAAGAUUUCAUGAUUUUUGUGGGGAAAAAAUUAAAUGCUCCUGUACAUUAAACCCCAGAUAUAAUGGACACCGUCUAUAAUGGACCUUGGCUUUAACAGACACUCUGACCUGUUCGGACUAGGUUCAUGAACAGUGUUACGGAAUCAUGUCCGUUAAAGUAAAAAAUAACGGACUCGGGUCCAUUAUGGUAAAAAAUUAUGGACUUGGGGUCUAUUCAUAUGUAAAUUAUCACAAAUAUUUACAGUCAUACUCCAUUUAGCCCUACCCUACAUAAUGCUGAUUCAUUAUAGAGCUCUUUGGUCCUCUCCUGGAAUUAUUUUUUAUUAGAAAAAAAAUUAAAUAAAAAUAAAAAAUAUGAAAAUUUAUAAUACAAGGAGGAAGUUACAAUACAGAACACUUGGGACUCAGCGACAGCCGCCAUGCUUAUUUGCAGUCUCUCCUCCAAUUAGAGCAAUGUACAUACUGUACCCAUGUACACACAAUUAAUACACCCAAAUAUUGCCUGUACACAAAUUUAAUUAAAAUAUAAAUAUAUUUCAUAAAUUACUAGGUACAGUACUGUAUAAUAUUUUCAAUACAAGCUGACUAGAUAUUAAAUUAAUGUAUUUUAAUAUAAACCU